UUCAAACAUUAUGAUGUAUGUAAUAAAUAUAUCAGAUUCUUGUAGAAAAUAAAACUGAAACACACAUUUUGAAGAUCUCAACUUAAGUAUCUUAAGCAAUAUUCACGCGCAUACCUUCCAGCAACACAUGGGAAUUAGAUACAAGUUAAGACAUGUGCUAUAAUGAGAAAGCUAGUAUUGUUUUGUUAGAUCAAUGACCCGAAAUCUCAUAAAUAUUUGCAAGAUACUAUGUAAACUUUCAAGUUAUAAUAAGUAGAACACCGAAUAUAGGAUCUUCCAGAGAAGAAAAAGAGUGGAAGAUAGAAAGGAUGAGAGAGCGACACGAGUAAACCCCACUACCAUUUGUCCCAUACCAUCUCUCUCUCUCUCUCUCUCUCUCCAUCUCUCUUUUGAUAAAUGGGUUUUGCGGUUUGGCUUGACAUCAACGCUAACAGCCAGACUGACUCCACCAUACAUACACCCAAAAGAAAAAGCAAAUAAAAAGUAAACAUUUUGGAUGAAUAAAAGCAUAAAAUAUAAGAAAAUUUCGAUAUAAAAUCAUUAUCAGCUACCCUUUUGACAAACAAAAAAAAAGAUAUACAAAAGUUUAACACUUUUAUUUGUUGGUAAAAGAAAAAGAAACCCUAUUUGAAGUUGACAAAUAAACAAGAAAGUAAAACCGAUUUUCAAUGGUUUGCCCACUUUCAUAUGCUUCGCUUUAUUCUAUCCCACAUUAUUGUGGCGGGUUGUUCCUCUAAUUUAUGUGAAGCAAAGUGUAACUCAAUUGAUAUUUCUAUGGAGAAAAAAAAAACAGAUUCGCAACUAAAAAUAAACUCAUGCUAUUUCAUUAAAAUUUUAAAUACCAGCUUUCUAAAUUUGCCAACAUUGUCGUAUACAGUAUAAUCUAUUAAUAAAUAUCAUCAGAGUGUAUGCAUUUGCAAUCUUAUGUAAAGUAUAAAGAAGAAAUUGGAAUAAAAUAAAGAGAUCUCUAAAAUAAACCUGUAAGUUUCUUUAGCUGUAAGUCACGAGUCACGACCACUGAAGAUGGAAGAAACGCGUGUACCCAACCUCAUUGGUCAGUUUUUAGACAGACAUCAACGAGUGACUACAGUCUCAUUAUGACACAGUUUGUUAAACUCCAUUCACUUCAAAAAGUCUCCAUUGAUCAUUAAAAAUUGCUAAAAAACCCAUCUCCACUCUCUUUCUCAUUUGAUCAUAUACUCUCUCGAGUAUUGCCUCUCUGUUUUACUCUCUCUCUCUCUGCCCAUUCAUGGAAGACGGAGAUUCUAACCAAGAACAUCCCCAACCGCUCCCCACAAACCACGACGCUUCCUCCCCCAAGAAGCCAUCCACUUCCUCCAUCGUCGUUGACAGGCUAAAACGCGAUGAAUGGAGCGAAGGAGCCGUGUCGAGUCUCCUCGAAGCCUACGAGACGAAAUGGGCACUCAGGAACAGAGCCAAGCUCAAGGGCCAAGACUGGGAAGACGUGGCUAGACACGUGUCUUCACGCGCUAGCCACACCAAGUCCCCCAAGACUCAGACGCAGUGCAAGAACAAGAUCGAGUCCAUGAAGAAACGGUACCGUUCUGAGUCCGCCACUGCUGAAGGAUCCUCUUGGCCUCUUUACUCUCGUCUUGAUCAUCUCCUCCGUGGAAAUGCUUCCACCUCUGUCCACCCUCAGCCUCAGCCUCAGCCUCAGGCUGUUUUGCCUCUGAAUUGCUCUGCUCCUUUGCUCUUACUCGAACCUCCGUUGGCGGCGGUGACUCAUCCGCCGCAGCAACCUCCUGCUGCUCAGAUGUCUCACGGAUCCAACGGUGUCGGCACGAUUAAGGAGGAAGGAUUCAAGGACGAUCACAAACCUGAGAGAGCCACGGAGAUGGAUACAGAUAGUAGUACGCCAGUGCUCUGCAGAGAGAAAGCGAAGGUGAGGCCGAAGAAAGUAAGGAGAAGGUACAAGGAAGAGAAGGAGGAGAUAGCAGGAAGCAUACGGUGGUUAGCGGAGGUGGUGAUGAGAACGGAGAGAGCGAGGAUGGAGACGAUGAAAGAGAUAGAGAGGAUGAGAGCUGAAGCAGAGGUGAAGAGAGGAGAGAUGGAUUUGAAACGAACGGAGAUAAUGGCCAACACUCAGAUAGAGAUUGCUAGGCUCUUUGCAGCUUCUGUACACAAAGGUGGUGUUGAUUCUUCACUAAGGAUUGGAAGAAACUGAGAAAUUUUUAUUAUUGUUCACUGAGGAUGAAUGGUUACGCCUUCAAAUGUAUGGUUAAAUAAUAAUAAAUGUGAUCAUUCUAGCUUAUAGAGAUGCCAUUACCGUCUCAGAUUGAUUGGCAUUUGAUUAA